UACAGUACUUGAUUUCCAGUUUUAAUCUAGUUAGUUGUCUCGGUAUUAUUUCCAUGUGUAGCGCGAGUACCUUUCUGUUAAACAGAACUCCGUUAGCUUUUGAAUUGUUUGUCAUCAGACAAUUUUAGCCGACAGGGUUUGGUCUAGUCAUGUUGAAUAAAAUGGUUUUUAAAAUGUGAUUUUACUUAGUAUCGCGAAAGUGAAAUGUAUUACAUAUUAAGCAAGCAUAUGUAGGUUCAUUUGUGAGUUUCAAAUGUGAUCUGAAAACUUUGAAUCCAAGCUCAAAGUCGAAAUUUGAUCCAGUUGGUAACAAAGCCCUGCCCUUCUCUUCUAGCCAGACUCCUGCAUAGGGUUUUGGAUUUUCCUAACAAAACUUUUAAAAAUUAUAGAAGAUGCUGUUCACCAAUCUUAUUUUUAAUCAGCGGAAGUGCAAAGUUUAUUUAAAAGUGAAAUUUUAUUCAUGGACUACCAAUAAUCAUUGUAGCCUAUUUUGAAUAGGCUUAGAUAAGUUAACUCGAUGCAUAGGCCUAUGUUAUAAUAUUAAAAUUAUGGUAGUUUGGUGUAAUGGAAAAUAUGUACAUAAAACGUGAGCCUGGAAUGGAAGAACCUUUUAAAAAUGUUUGUUUUGUCUGUGGAAAUGUGGGUCACCCUGAUCAAUAUUGGCUACGAAUCAAACCUACAACUAACCCUGCUGAAGCAUAUUUUCCAUUUUUGGAAUCUCAUGAGCCUCCUGCUGGAUAUCGAUAUAACAGACAAGAGCAAGCAGUUAAAUCUUGUUACCUUUGUUAUUCAUUGCUGAUGCAACAAUGGGAACGUUAUCAAAGAGACAAUACUCCACAUAGUCGACGACUCUACUGGCUGAAACGUUGUGACAAUGGCCCUUACACUGGAGCAGAAAUGGGAAUGCAGGGAGAAUAUGCUUCUCAAAUUCUUGGACUCAGUGUUGAACCUAUGCAUCGAGAAUCGUCAGCACCGCCAGUCCCAGAGGUAUCGCGUAGUGCCCCGCCAGAGGAUAAGAGAAUGUCACCGAGAGUGGUGUCGGCUCCUCCGCCUGCUGAGACACCAGACCACACGGCGCUAGACUUGCGCCAGUCACCUGCCGUGUCUCUACACUCGGUGCACUCCAAUCCUGGCAGCAGUACAGGAACAGACAUACUGGACUUGUCCAUGCCAGACAAGAACGCUGUGACAGAAGUGUGCUAUGUGUGUGGAGAGGAGUUUGCUAGAGGGUCGCUAACACAGAUCUCGUCCAAGCCCAGUGCAGCCAAUAGCCCAACACCGUUUUUCCCAAGCCUGAUCCUUCACCCGCGACCCGCUCGCAGCAGACCCAUGGACAGUGGAGGGAAAGUACAGGCUUGUACGCUGUGUUUCACACAUCUUCUGCAUCAGUGGCAGGCUUAUUCAACGCAAGGAGUGGCUCAUUCAGAGCGUAACUACAAGUUGCGCAAACGAGAGGCAACGACCAAUUUUGUCUGUUACACUUGCGCACUGGAGUACCCCUCGUCAUCCAUACGUCUGUUGUACUGUUGUCCCAACCCAGAGAAGGAAGCUUACUUUCCCUUUAUUUGCAGUUUAAAACCUCCACCCGGAGCAAGUCCUAUUUCCCCUCAGGGGAUGGUUCAGGUUUGUUCGAUUUGCUACAAAUCCAUCCCUCAGAAACAGAGUUUGUUCGGAUCUGGGGUGAAGAGUGAGUUAGAGCCCAUGCCUGUCACCACACAGUCCACAUUGCCACUGACCUACCCCAGUGUAGCCACUACACCCACUCUGCCAGCUGCCAAGAGUCCAGAUAUACGCUUUCGUCCCUACGAACUGUCCAGGCCUUCCCCGUCACCAAAGGCCACACCUUCACCCAAGCCCCCCAGUGUGGACGGCAGUAACGGACUGCAGCAUUAUAGGUGUUACGUGUGCGGCAACCAGACACCUCAGAGCAACAUGGAGUGGCUGUCUACGGAGGCAGAGGGUAUGAACUCUCAUGCAAUGCACUUCCCCUGUCUACGGACGCUGGGCUCGCAGGAAGGCAGGAUAGACUCAUGGGGACGUGUUCUGACGUGUCUGCCGUGCAGCAAGCAUCUGGCGCGACAGUGGGAGGCGAUGGAGAAUGAUCGGAUACCGCUGGAGCGACGCAGGUACGAUGUUCCUCACAACACACAGAACGGCAUAUCUCCAGCGUCUUCAGUGUCCGGUGGCAACAGUUCCUCAAUCUACUGCUUCUUAUGUGGUCUGCACAGCGACUUGACUCUGGCGCGGGUGUUGUACAGUAAACCUCAGGGUCGCAACGCACCGUACUUCCCGUCACUGUUGACACACAGUUCGCCAGCCAACGCAGAGCAGCUGCGUGAGGACGGUAGUGCGCUGGUGUGUACGUUCUGUUAUCACAGCAUGGUGGCGCAGUGGCGUGCGCUGGCACACCAACAGCCAGACACUCGCGUGUACAACUGGCGAGACUAUAUCUGCUACGUCUGCGGCAUCACUACGUACAGGCUGCGUGUGCGGGCACUGCCAGUCAAGGACUUCCCGUUUGUCAGGUACCACCGCCAGCCUGAUGGGUCGCUACUGCUGGAGAACGGUGAUUACGCUGUGGUCUGUCUGGACUGCUACGAGACGCUCCGCUCUCAGAACAAUGAGUAUGAGAGAUGGGGUCUGCCGCUAGACAAGAGACAAUACAACUGGUUGACUCAACCUCCACCACCUGAGGACAGUCCCGAGGCCAGUGUGGCGAGGCUCCCCUCCGGACAACGUUCGGACAAACAGGUGCCCUCUCCGCUUAGUCGUCCGGUUCGCAAGAACUGUUCACCUAAACUGACGGAGAAAAGACCAGCUCCGGGGCCACAUAAGUCUGAUUUAGGGGUGCCCAAGGCUCCAGCCCAACAUGGUGGAGGUAAGGUGGCAAGAGGUGGAGGGACUCCACUAGCCCCCACUGUGGGACCUCCAGUCAGUGUAGGUGGGGGCAGCCGGUCGUUUGCUGCGGCUCUACGCAACCUGGCUAAGCAAGCUGGUCCUGCCUCGGACCGGGAUAUUGAAGUGGAAGGUCGAGCUUCUCCGAAGCGGCCGCCUCCUCCCCCCCUAGUCAGAGGUCCCUCCCCUCCUACGACGUCUGCGGUUAAACUACCUGAUAAGGAUAGAAGUAGUGAGCAGCGGAGUGGUUUUCAGCCUUACAGACCGGAGGAGCCCCGUGUGCCCCCGCACCCCCACUACUCCCCACUGGACUACCCUCCAUACCAUCACCAUCCUGCGCUCUACCCCCCGCCACAUCAUCCCUUACAUCAUUACAGAUUAGAAGAGCAGAUGUACCAUGGAGUUCCUCCGUUGUUUUCUUCAUAUCCUCACGUUGCGCCUCUGUACGGACUGCCUUCACACUUAACACUCAUGACGCCUGCUAUGCAUGAAAGGUUAAAACUAGAAGAGGAACAUAGGCAGAGGGAGCAAGAGAGAGAGAGGGAGAGAAGAGAGAAGAACAAGAAGAGUCCACGAGGUUCUCCGUCCCACAGCCAACAGCAGCCUGAACUCUCAGCUAGGAAGCCGCCAAUAACAAUAGCCUGUGAUCCGCAAAGAACGGUGCCUCAGCCUCAUUUUGUCCGGCCAUUUGAAGAUUUUGUUAAACCAGUCAAAAAGCCUUCUCCGCCGAACUGUACGGUGGUUCCCCUGCCUUCACCCCAGCCGUUAUCACUAGUCACUCAACAGUUACCAGCCCCGAGUCCCCACCCCCCGCCUGCACCCCCACCUCGCCCUCUGGACGUCACUAACCUCGUGUCUGCUGUCACGUCCACUGCCACUGCUGUUGUAUCAACGCCUGUGGUCACUGUCACUGUCGCUGAACCAGCCGAGCCCCCUAGGAUAAUGUCCUGCAACCGUCUAACUCAUAAGAUCAAGAGCCGGCUGGACAGUGUAGGAGGCAGUGAUUGUGAGGACCUUAGUCCCAACCUGGUGUUGACCAAGGGUCCUCCAGACAAACUAGACGCUUCUCCUCGCAAACUACGCUUCCUCGCUACUUUCGGACUCACCACCCUCACUACUAGGAAUGAGUUGGAGUUGACAAAGUUAUCCCGCUGCAAGUCUCUGCCACAUGUGGUGGUGGAGGGGGAUGAGCAGGUGGGAGAGAAAGGGCCCCCGCCAUCACUUAGUCUCCCCCACCCGCGUCAGUCCCCCCGCUCACUGCCACACUCGCACAACAAACUUUCCUACAUGACCUCCCUGCAACUGUGUCCGCUCACUCAUGACCAACGUAAAGAGAGAGAGCAGAUAUGGCAGGAGGUGUUGGCUGAGCGCAGACGACGCAAGGCUGUGACUCCACUCGUGCAAUACUGCUCAGAGGCCAGAGUCAACUCCCCAGACUACAGCUGUGUCCGGUGGCCCGGGCUAGAGGGUGUUCUGUACGCUUAUCAACAAUAUCAAACUGAGCGGUCACUGGAGGAAGGAGUGUUACGAGAGGAGUGUUCGAGGCUACAGUCUCAGUUAUCAGAGAGGCAGUGCGAGGCUAGUGAACUUCAGAGGAGACUAGAGGAGCUGCAAGCGAGUCACAACGAGCUAGUGCGCACAGGACACGACACACAGCGCUCGCUAGACACACUCAUGGCAGCUGUGCGUGCGCUAAUGGCACUCGGGCAUAGCAACGACUGAGGGGACAAUGUUUUAAGUGAAAUGGCCGCUUGACAAUAAAUGUACAAAAGUCUGAUGUAGAUUGUAGGUGAUUGAUCGAGGGGCAGUAAAAUAUUUUAGUACCCGACGGGACCAAAACUGCCUUCAUGUUUUCCAGUGACCUGUUGCCUUAUGAGAUAUUGGUUUCAGAGUGAUAUGUUGAGUGAAUCUUUUAACGACUGCAAAGAAAUUUGGAUCAUACAUUGGGCCUUAAAGUAGUUUUUGGUAGUGAACGGAAAAAAUUUACACUUAACAAUUGUUGUUGUUUGACCAGUUUUUUGCCAGAUUAUUAUAUUUCUGGUACCCCUCCCCCCACAAAUCUAAUUCAAAAGCAUAAAAUAAUUUCUGUGCAAUAUCGUUAAAUUUUUGGCAGCCUGGAUUAUUUUAAAUACAGUCUUUGUCUUAAAGCUAUCUUUGAGUAGUGCUAAUUGAGAGUUAUAAGUUCUCACCUUUUUAGGAGGGUAAGACAACAUGAUGCACUUUUGAGUAAAUAAUGAGUUAUUGACAACCUUUUGUACUGAGGAUUUUUGGUUCAAUUCCUUCUGUCUUACAUUUCUUACUAAUAGAUGUUGUAAAAGAAUUUGCUUCACUGUCACUAAACCAACUAAACACUUGUUUUUUACAAUUGAAAGGAUAAGCCAAAUUGUUUCCUAUUUAAAAUUUUAAUGCAUGACUUAAGAGACACAUUUCACUUAAAACAUUAAGCCUUUCAGUUGUUGAAUUUUCCAGUAUCAAUAUUUAUUUUAAAAUACAUAAAUAAUAUAAAAUACAUAAUAAAUAAUAACUAACUGUAAAGUUAUCAACACCUCAUAUCAAUUUGGUUUGUAUAUUUGAAAAUUGUCUUUUGAGAAAUAGCUAUCACCUAAGUCUCCAUAUUAACAGCUAGACAGGGACCAUUAUACUUUUUUGUGUCAGGGCCACAGAGCCAAGAGUACCAUUAGUUCAAAUUGUUUUAUAUUACUUGUGGAAAUUCUCUGAAUUUGAUGAUCAAAAUAGUGAACAACACGUAAAUGAGAUCGAGAAUCAGUUUAAUCCAACCAUCCAGAGGGAGAUAUUUUGCCCCAAUUGUUACUUUUUUUUUUGCUAACAUUUUUUUGUAAAAAUUCAAAAAUCUUGACCCGUAAAUGGUGUUAACUGCAACAAGUAAUCUCUCAUGUCGUUUUUCUUAUGGAGAAUACAUUAAUAUCUAAAAUUUCUUAUUUAAGGAUAAUUUUGUGUAUAAUUUGGAAUCCUUUUAGCGAAUUUCCCUAUAGGGAAGUAGCUAUUACCGUAGGUGGCACGGUAAGACCUAGACCCGGGACCGAUUUACUUUUUCAUUUUGAUGUCCCCAGAGGCCAAAAACACCAUUCGUUCAAAUUUUUAUAUAUGUAUAUAUAUAUAUAUAUAUAGACUUAUAUAUAUACGUCCGUGA